GCCCACGCACUGUCCCGUCGCCGUGGUAAUUCUGAAGGUGUCCUUCAUCGUUCUCCACGUGUGAACCAUUCGGAAAAUCUGCCGCAUCAGCAGCGUAUUUAUGAGGUCGCGCAUUUGAAUCUGGACACAGCGAAGCGGAAGAGAAUGCUUCUGAAGCAGACUGAAAAUAAAAAAUGCCGCAAAUUCGUCGAUUCGGAGACGCAUCUCGGAGCACUCGAGGAGCACCCGCGAGCAACGCGGCUCUGGAAAUUCUCGAUGAAACAGCGAAUUCCGCUGUCGCUCACGAUGGAACCCGCAGGAGCACAUAGUAAGCGGAAAGCGGUACUGGUCGAGCGACGACCUCUGCAGUGAAGCUCGGAAGACGGCAGCGGCGAAGAGACCACGCCGUGGUGGAAACGACGGCGUGGCGUGGCGGCGGAAAGCCACACGAAAUAGAAAGCCACGAAAUAGCCGCCGAGACGGCAGUUGGCGACGGUCCCUCGAGCGGUAUACGACGCUUACGUGAACAUCGCGGGAGAACGGCGUGCUCCGAAAUUCCCGCCGAUCGUUUGGGAGAGAUCGAAACUCGGGAAUGAAGUAACUGCCGACGAAUUUUCCUUUUUAUUUUGGAAGUUUUCUGGAAGGACGCGCAGCAAGAAAGCAACAAUCAUACCGCGGUGACUCGACAGGUGACGUGUGCAGAUAACGUAUCAACAAACGGGGGCCAACAUGACCAACGAAAGUGAUAAAGCGCCGACGGAGUUGGAUACUUUCCUCCCUCAGGAUGGAUCGAAUCUCAAGGAUGGCGUUCUCUCAGCCAAAUAUAAAGUACAAGUCGCACCACGCGACGUUGAGACUGGACUGGGUGAUGAGAAGAGCUUCGAUCCGUUUGCGGAACGCAAAGUUGAUAAUCCAACAACGGAUUGCGACACAUUGACGCACUUAUUAAAGGCGUCCCUUGGCACUGGUAUAUUGGCUAUGCCGAUCGCUUUCAAAAAUUCCGGAUUGUUGCUGGGUAUCUUCGCCACGAUACUCGUCGCGUUUGUGUGCACACAUUGUGCAUACAUUUUGGUCAAAUGCGCACAUGUACUUUACUACAAAACUCGAAAGACGGAAAUGGGAUUCGCCGAGGUAGCCGAGACUGCUUUCAGCAUCGGACCUCAAUGGGCAAGGAAGUUUGCAAAACCUUCCAGAUAUCUUAUCCAAGUCAGCCUGUUCGCUACGUAUUUCGGCACGUGCAGCGUGUACGCGGUAAUCGUAGCGGCCAACAUCAAGCAAAUCAUCGAGCACUAUCAGGACGCCGAUGCUGGCGAAUUUAACCUCCGACUGCUCACUGCCUACUUGCUGGUACCGCUGAUUCUGCUCAGCUGGGUACCAGACUUGAAGUAUCUCGCGCCAGUCUCAAUGGUAGCGAACAUCUUCAUGGGAACGGGAUUGGGAAUAACGUUUUACUAUCUCGUCUGGGAUAUGCCGCCGCUGAACGAAGUGCCUCUAGUAGCACCAAUCGAGAAUUUCCCGCAGUUCUUCAGCAUCACCAUCUUCGCCAUGGAAGCGAUCGGCGUGGUGAUGCCGCUAGAGAACAGCAUGAAGACGCCGCAACACUUCACGGGUAUCUGUGGAGUACUCAACAAGGGAAUGUCUGGCGUCACGCUCAUAUAUAUUUUCCUUGGAUUCCUCGGAUAUGCCAAGUAUCAGAACGCGACACUCGGUAGUAUCACGUUGAAUCUGCCGACGGAAGAAAUCCCGGCGCAAGUCGUGAAGAUACUGAUUGCCCUAGCCGUAUUCUGCACUUUCGGUCUGCAGUUCUACGUGUGUCUCGAUAUCGGAUGGAGCGGUUUGAAGAAUUACUUCACUAAAAGGCCGCUGCUGGCUAACUACAUCAUGAGGACCGUGCUGGUAUCUGGCGCAGUUCUUCUCGCCGUCGCAGUACCGACGAUCGAACCGUUCAUCGGCCUGAUCGGUGCAUUUUGCUUUUCCAUAUUGGGUCUCCUCAUCCCAGUUUUCAUCGAGACUGUGACUUACUGGGACGUCGGCUUUGGACCAGGAAAUUGGGUGGCUCUGAAGAAUGUAAUUAUAUGCGUGAUAGGUAUAAUGGCGCUGAUAUUUGGAUCGCGCAGUGCCAUAAUAGACAUUAUAAAAUUAUACAAGUGAUAGGGAGAAAUAUUCGUUUUCUUUUUUUUUACUUAGUGUAAAUAAUUCAGUAGGUAUAAAAUUUGAAUUUUCUAUUAUGUCCUAGCUUUUGGCUCUCAGUACGGUUAACGGUGUGAAUCGGAAUGAAUUAAACAUAUCGCGUUUGCGGGUGUUAUCGAACAUCUGCACGCGAUCGAUGGUUUAAGCCGUAUAUAUUAGCACAGAUUUCUCCUGAAUCUGAAUCCCGAGAUUCGGAAAUCUUUUUAAAUUGUUAAAUUUAAUUUAAAUCUCAGAUCAUCGGAUCUGAUCUUCUAGCACCUUUAUUUUCGAUUAUAAAAAUUUGCGUGUACUUUAUGUUCCUAUGCAUCAUGUAGCAAAAGGUAGAAAAUUAUAAAAUUUUUUUAUCAAAAUCCUAUGCAGCUGUACACGUAUAGGUCAGAAGUUACAGCACGCGUAGAUUUACGAGUACUGACAGUAUUCACUCAGCGAGAGAUAAUCCGCUGCAAAGCACUGAAUGAAUUAUUGCAGUCGUGAUAUGCGGAUAUAUAUAGAGAGAGAGAAAGGAUGCCUGUGAGAGAGAGAAAGGAGAAAAUGCAAUGUUUAUUAGAAAAUAAUUUCUGUACUGUCGAAAUGUCUCACUAUACCUAAUUCCACAAGAUAGAACAGUUUUGAUUUUAUGCAUUUAUAUGAAAUUAUAAUUUUAAAAGAGUCUAAAUGUAUCCGCGCAUGGAAAUUAUUUCCGUGAUAUCGCGGAAAGAUAUUUCUGAUGGAAACGUGUGCCAAGCACAUUUUUAUUAAAUUCACAAAUGCUUGGUACACAAUUGUUGUAUCAGUUAAUAUUUUAAUGUUCAAUAUUAUAAUGUACUAAUUCGAUGUAUUGGUAAAAAGAAUAUUUUCCACGAGAAAGGCGAGUGAAGGAUUAAGUGAUGCAUUCAGAGAAAAACUUUUAUAUGGAGUGGAUACGUGCAAUCUCUAUGGAAGAAAUAUUGCUCAAGCAAGAUA